AUGAUCUCAGUGUUUGUCAUGUUGACAUGUGCCUUUCGCUAUGGCCAUGAUGACUUGGACGUGAUCGGUCUGACAUUCCGCAAAGAUCUGUAUGUACAGGUGCAGCAAGUGUUCCCACCUGAGCCCAACAGCACCCAGGGGCCCCUCACAGUACUACAGGAGCGACUGCUGCAAAAGUUGGGGGACAAUGCCUACCCCUUUACCCUGCAGAUGGUUGUUAACCUGCCCUGUUCGGUGACACUGCAGCCAGGUCCCGAAGAUGCGGGAAAGGCCUGUGGGAUUGACUUUGAAGUGAAGAGCUUCUGUGCUGAAAACCUGGAGGAGAAAAUCUCCAAGAGAGACUCUGUGCGGCUGGUGGUUCGAAAAGUACAGUUUGCACCCCUGGAACCAGGCCCUGGUCCCUGUGCCCAGACCGUCCGCCACUUCCUUUUGUCAUCUCAGCCCCUACAACUCCAGGCCUGGAUGGACAGGGAGGUUCACUACCAUGGCAAACCCAUCUCUGUCAAUGUUUCUAUCAACAACUGCACCAACAAGGUCAUCAAAAAAAUCAAGAUUUCAGUUGACCAGAUCACAGACGUUGUCCUGUAUUCCCUAGACAAGUACACCAAGACCGUGUUCAUUCAGGAGUUCACGGAGACUAUAGCUGCUAACUCCAACUUCUCUAAGAGCUUCGCAGUAACCCCACUCCUGGCUGCCAACUGCCAGAAACAGGGCCUGGCACUGGAUGGCAAACUCAAGCAUGGUGAUACUAAUCUGGCCUCUAGCACAAUUCUUCAUUCCAGUCUUCAACCUGGAAUGAACAAGGAGCUGCUGGGGAUCCUGGUGUCCUACAAAGUGAGAGUCAACUUGAUGGUGUCUGGUGGAGGCAUCCUAGGCGACCUGAUCACCAGCGAUGUUGGUGUGGAGCUGCCCCUGAUCCUGAUGCAUCCAAAGCCAUCACAUGAGGGUGCUAGCUCUGAGGACAUAGUCAUCGAGGAGUUCGCUCGUCAGGAGCACCGUGGGGAGGAGAGCCAGGAGGCUUUGGCGGCGGAGGGGGAUGAGGGAAGCUGA